AAUUUGCGUUAUGGGCGCCUCUGUGUAGUUUGUGCUGUGAAAUCUCGUCAGCUGGGCUGUGUCACAGACAGCUCAACAUUUUUUUUUAUUUUUUAUUUUUUAUUGAAAACAGAAUCAGAUACGAAGAGAGACAGCGUUACCCAUUGCUUUCAAAAACACACACUGCAGAGAGAUAGCUCUGCUUUCCUUUCGUCCCCAGAGUCCAGCGGUACAUGUACUACUAGUCUUGUAUACACAGCCGCCUGUCUGUCCGGAUCGGGUCUCUCACAAUGUCCUGCUGUCUGCUCGAGUUCUGCCGGAUCCAGGAUCUCAAAUCCGUCCGGGACUUUCUCUUCCAAAACCUCCGAACCGCCACCACCUCUACAGCUGCCGAGCACAACAAAAACGCAAAUGAUAAAGAUCUGAACUGGGAGGAUGCAGACUGGGGAUCCUGGGAAGAGAAGGAGAGUGAUGAAGCGGUUCAGGAGGAGAGUGUCAGUGCACCCCACAGCGCAUCCUGGCUGCAGGACUGUGUACUGUCUCUGUCUCCCACCAAUGACCUCAUGGUGAUUGCCCGCGAGCAGAGAGCCGUCUUCCUGGCACCAAAGUGGAAGACGGGCGAUAGUGGCCGGGAGGAGAUGCAGCUUGCCCUGUCCUGGAGUGGAGCGCUCAAUGCAGAGGAGGGGGAGUGUGUCAGCAGUGCAAUCUGCAUUCCUCUCGCCAGCCAGAAACGGAGCUCGACAGGAAGGCCUGACUGGACCUGCAUUGUGGUGGGCUUCACCUCGGGGUACGUCCGCUUCUACACUGAGAGUGGGGUGCAGCUCCUGGCUCAGCUCCUGAAUGAGGACCCGGUCCUGCAGCUUAAGUGCCGCACCUACGAGAUCCCCCGACACCCCGGAGUCACUGAGCAGCAUGAGGAGUUGAGUAUCCUGUACCCCUGCGCUCUGGUCACUAUCGACGGAUUCAGUCUCUUCCAGUCUCUGCGUGCCUGCCGCAACCAGGUGGCACGAGCUGCUGCAGCAGGGAACGAGAAUGUCCAGCCCCCUCCCCUGGCCUAUAAGAAGUGGGGUCUGCAGGACAUGGACUCCAUAGUGGACCACGCCAGCAUUGGCAUCAUGACGCUAUGCCCCUUUGAUCAGAUGAAGAACGCCUCUAUCCUGGGGGGCUACCACGCCACACUGAAGGGGAGCCCCCCUGCCAUGUCCCAGUAUAUCACCGUCGGCGCCGGGCCCUUCUCGGGAUUCUACUACGCCAUAGAGGGGAGCUCUCAGCCUCUUCUCUCCCAUGUGGCUUUGGCUGUUGCGAGCAAGCUGACCUCUGCCCUCUUCAAUGCAGCCAGUGGCUGGCUCGGCUGGAAGAACAAGAAUGAGGAGGAGCCGGUCCAGAAACAGAAACCCAAAAUGGAGCCAGCCACCCCACUUGCUGUCAGGUUUGGUCUCCCCGAUUCCCGUCGUCACGGCGAGUCGAUCUGCCUCUCUCCCUGCAGCACGCUGGCUGCUGUCACUGACGACUUUGGCAGAGUCAUCCUGCUGGAUGUGGCACGAGGCCUGGCUAUCCGCAUGUGGAAGGGGUACCGUGAUGCUCAGGUGGGCUGGAUCCAGGUGUUGGAGGUUCUUAACGAGCGCGAGUUGGACCCCCGUUCUGCUCCGCCCUCUCCACAGGGUCCCAGUCGUGUUGCGCAGUUCCUGGUGAUCUACGCACCGCGCCGCGGCAUCCUGGAGGUGUGGGGCACACAGCAGGGGGCACGUGUUGGGGCAUUCAACGUGGGCAAGCACUGCAGGUUACUGUACCCCGGCUACAAGAUCAUGGGUCUGAACAACGUGACCAGCCAGGGCUGGCAGCCCCAAACACAGCAGGUGUGCCUGAUUGACGCAGCCACCGGCAGCCUGAGGACUGUCAACGUGCCCUUCCACCUGGCACUCAGUGAUAAGAAGAGCGAGCGCGCACGGGACAUGCACCUGGUGAAGAGGCUGGGCGCGCUGCUCAAAGCCAAGGAGCUCAGCAGCGAGACUGUGGAGACAGAAGCCAAGAACAUCCUCCAGGACAUCAAGUAUCCAGCCAUCAAAAAACAGGCGCUGGAGUCCCUGCUGUCCAGUAAGAACGUGCCUCUCUCCUCUCUGACCAGCAUCGCUCAGGCCCUGCUGGACAGCCUCAAGGGGCAAGACCCGGAGGGUGUUGAUGAGGCAUUACUGCAGCUGUGCUCCAGCCAGCUCAAACUGCUGCAGCUCUACACCGACAUUGAGAAGAUCCACUCGGAGGGGGCGGGGCAGGACAGCACUACAGCCGACACUGACCUCUCCUCGGUGCUUCGUCUGAGUGAGGAGGAGCUGUCCCGGAUUCAAGCCCUGCUGCAGCGAUACAGAGAGGAGAGCAGCCGGCCCUCUGUCAGCUUCGCUCAAGACCCUGGGGUUGCACUUCCUGUGCGCAGCUUUCUGUCCCAGAUGGAGUGUGAGGAAGGGGCAGUGAGGCUGAGCCGGGGUCAGGACAGCGACUGGAUCCAGCUUGGCAGCCUGUUCUUCUGGAGGUGUCUCUGUGGGGAGUGCGCCCCCAAGAGGAUCUGCCAGACCCUGCAAGACUCAGGGAUCAGUCCCCAACAGCUGCUGUCCCUGCUGCUCAGUGUGUGGCUCUCUCGAGAGCGAGAGGUUCUGAAGAGUCUGGAGACUGUGAGCUGCCUGCACAGCCUGCUCACCCUGCUGAGCAGCAUGACAGGUGCAGUGGAGGAGUCCUGGGACCUGCAGUCUGUCUCCCCCUGGUGGCAGCAGGUGCGCAGUGAGUGUUCCCAGGCAGAGAGCCCUGGAGCCGCCCUGCUGGCAGCUCUCGUGGGGCACAGCGUGGCCAAGAGCAGAGUCAACCAGCUGGCAGAGAAGAAGUUCCAGAGCCCUGAGGGGAUGACAGACUCCUGGGAGGCUCUGUCUCUGGAUCUGGAGCAGUGGGGAGUGCUGCUCAGACAGCUGGAAGACUGCCUCCUCUUGCAGACUCUGCUGAGCUGUCCUGCCCCCAGAGGAGCAGCAGGGGGUGCUGUGAGCACAAGCAGAAUAACUGUGCGUGGGCUGCUGGAGGCUGGGAGAGGUGGCGUGGCGGACAGUGUGGCUAAGUGGGUGUUCAAGCAGGACGUGGUACCGCGGCUCCUCAAAGCAGCGCUGGGGAAGAGGGGGGCUGCAGAGAGCCAGGAGGAGGAGGGGGAGGGGGAGGAGGGCAGCAGCAGUGAUAAGCCUGAGACUGAGGGAGAGGGCCGGGGCUUCCAGAGGGCUGCAGAGCUCCUGCGCGCAGUAUGCCAGCGCUUCCCCUGCUCCCUGGACCCUGACCUGCUCUUUGCUCACUGCUGCUGGGAGUACGUGGUGCAGUGGAACAAAGACCCAGAGGAGGGGCGCUACCUGGCCUGGUCUGUUGAGCACCUUCGCUGCAUCUGCAACGCUCACAUCCAGCACGGCAUCGCGGUGAUGAUGUGGAGCACCUUCAUUGUCAAGCGCUUCUCUGCAGCUGCGUUCCUGAUGGACAAGGUGGGGAAGGCACCGAAGGACCGACUGUGCAGAAGAGAUGUAGGAAUGGGAGACUCUGCUAUGACCUCCUUCCUGGGAUCCUGCUCUCAGCUCCUGCAGACGUUGAUGGAGGCGGAUGUGGGCAGUGAUGAGAUGGGUGUGCCCCUGCUGGAGGUGGAGGACCCCUGGCAGUGUGUGGAAGGGCCGGCCUCCAUCGUGGAGCUGGCUCUGGAGCAGAGGCACGUGCACUACCCGCUGGUGCAGCACCACUACAUCCUGACCAGCAUCCUGCACGCCAUCAUGAGGUUCAGCAUCAAGACCGUCAAGCCACUCGGGCUGUUCGACAGCAAGGGUAAGAAUGCCUUCUUCAGAGAUCUGACGACGAUCCAGCUUCUACCCAGUGAAGACAUGGACCCCACCCUGGUGUCACUGAGACAGCAGUUCUUGUUGAAGGUGUUGAGUGGCUGGGUGCAGUCCGUGCCUCGUGAUGACUCCUGUCCCCCCCUGGCCCUUCUCCCUCAGGACCAGGCCUGGCCUGCACUGGCUGUGGAGCUGGCCCCCGUGCUGCAGGUUAGCGCCGAUGUGCUGAGGCGCCAUCUAGUGUGUGAGCUGUACAACUAUGGCCUAGACCCACUCGCUGAAGAGGUGAUGCUGCAGGUGGAGGAUCAGGAGGUCCUGGCCUCACAGCUGCUCAUCCUGACGGGUCAGAGGCUGGCCUUCGCCCUGCUGCACACCCAGACUAAGGAGGGCAUGGAGCUGCUGGCCAGGCUGCCCCCCAUGCUCUGCACCUGGCUCAAAGCAAUGGACCCGCAGGACCUGAAGAACACAGACGUGCCUCUCUCCCGCACCGGCAGGCUGGUGAGCCGGGUCAUCGACGCGCUGCCUGAGAACCACGGCCAGUACGGGCUGGCACUGCACCUCGUGGAGGCUGUGGAGGCCAUGGGAGCACCACAGUGAGGGAGGGGGCUGAGAGAUGAGGGGAUAGAAGGGGGAGGCAUUGCAGAGAGAGAGAGAGAGAGAGGGAGGAGAGGGGCUCCACUGAGUGAAAACAAGGGUGUGAGGGGCAAGACUGGGAGAGAGAAAUCUCUGUAGGGUUGGAGGUACACAGCAGGAAGAGGGAGGUAGAGGAGAGGGUGCGGGGGGCAGGGGGCGAAUCAUAAGGCAAGGAGGGAGGGAGUGUUUUGAAUUUGUAUUUUUUGUGUGUUAUUUUUUUUUAUUUUAUUUUGUAACUAGAGUAUGACUAGCGUUCCGCAUUUUCGGUUUUCAUCUUCACACAUUUUUCCUGGGAAUUUUUCAGUUUUUAUUUUAGAUAUAUUAAAAGAGGGGUAAAAUCGGUAAAAAAAAAAAUAUAUAUUUUGAAUUGAAACAAAGGUCAAAUUCUCAGUAUACACUUUACGUGUGGAAUAUGAUGUGUAGCAGUUCUGUUUAAUGUCCCUGGCAAAUUUUGCCAUGUAUGAUGAAGCAGAAUCUGCAUCGAGGCCGCAUUGUCCCAAGUUAACUGAUACUUUCCGAACGUUUGGGCAAACACUGUGCUGACACAACUAGUAUUUGCAGAAGGUAUGAACGUGACAUCAGCACCAAACAAGCCGAGUUUGUUCGCCUUGAAAUCAUAAAAAUAAAAUUACGAACAUGUACCUCAAUGCAGCAGUAUUUACAACGCAAUGCAUCCUCUGCCUGUAAUUUUUCAGUAAAAUUUGGAAAAAACCAGAAAUGCAGAACACUAGGUAUGACAUACUAGACAAGGAACUUACUGAAGUACAUGUCUAAUUUAAUUUACUGACAGCUCAUUCAUCCUACGUGACAAGGCAGCUCUAGCUAGGUAACUGUCACUGCAGAAGGGUCUUUUAAAAUGCCUGUGAAAUGCAUGGGUCAGCUCUCCCUGUGUCCAUCUUUUACCUCCGGCCUCUCCCAAGAGAAAAAGGAAACACAAAAAGUUGACACAGUAACAGAAAGACAGAGGGAUCACGGGGUUAGGGGCUGGCAGGACCGUCCAGUUCACAGGAGGCUCAGAAACUGUCAUAUUAUUUAUUAUUGUAAAACCCUGAUUUAUUAUCUGAACACCUGUUAGCCCAGCAGUUAUCCCUUGUUAGCCUUGCUUGCUAUAGUAUGUGCAUUACCUCUGCCCUGUUACAGCAAUGGCUCUGUCAGCCCUCAAUCUAUUAUAUUUAUGGUACUGUAUGUUAUGUACCGAUAAAGAGGUUGAAAAGUAUCUUGCUUGUUUGAGAAGGUUUCUAGAUUUGGAGUAUCAUUUAAACAAUUUCACAGUUGGAAUUUGAUUAUCUGGUGUUAUUUAAUGUAGCCCGAAUGCUUGUGUGUAAUUUAUAUAUAUAUAUAUAUAUAUAUAUAUAUAUAAUUACACACACACACAUAUAUGUUGUUAUUAAAACUAACACCCCCACAGGCUAUUUCUGGUUUAUAAAAGAGCUUUAAUUCCUCUCCUUAUUUAUAUAAUAGCUGUGCCUGUACCUGCAUAAAUGACUUAAUUCUGUACAUUAAAUAAGAAAGAAAUGCAUUAUAUAUCUAUGUAUCAUUAUUAACAUGGCUAUAAAAACUGCACGAGGGGUAGGGGGGAGUCAUGCCUUCCUGGGGUGGGGGUGUCGCGCUGCCAGAGACAGAGAAAUAUCACAUUUCCAUCUGCACCAUGAAGCCAGUCUGUCAAACUCAAUCUCAUUCCCAGUGCCUGACUGGGGCUGCAGACAUUUCCACCUGAGGUCUGCUGUCCACAAUCCAAUAUGCAAGGCGGUCAAAGAUCACUUCCACAGAUUCAUUUGCCAACCUCCCAAUAGUCCCCACAUGGUAUAAUAUAUUCACAGGUUUCAUGUUAAGCUUACAUUUAUAUUAUAUUCCUAAAGACUUAAAACCUGCCUCUUUCUCUCUCUAGCAUCGUCUGCUGGGGACAUUCAUAAGUUUAACUUCCACCAUCAGUGUGGAGAGAUUGAGUUCUGGUUGAAAUCCCAUUGAUCUCGAUCUACUGCUCAGGGAUGGAAAUCAGCAAUUUCAAAUCAAUCCCAUCGGCGGGUGGAAAUGUGUCUUUAAACAAUUGUAUUUCACCGUCCGAGGCAGGCUACCUAUAACAACAACCCCAGCUCGCUGCUAGGACUGAGUUACUGUACUGUAGCUCUGUAUGAUGCUCUCAAUGCCCACAGUCCCUGCUCUUUCCCCUACUGCAUAACAGCACCUAAUGAGAGAAGUGAGUGGUGUACCAGCUAGACUUGUGAUACAGCAGCCAGGAUUCAGCAGAUACUAGUUUUCAUUGGUCUCACUGUAAUAUAGUAUCAAUGCAGGAUUUGGGGGAUUUUUAGCACUUAAUAUACACAUCUGAAUAACCCUUAAUUGUUUAUAGCGGGGAAUUGGAAGUAGUAGUAAACUUGUUUAUCUGUGCUAAAGCUACAUCCCGACUGAACCGCACUAUCAGAUAGAUUAAACAGGAAAUGGUCUCUUUGCUCAGCCUCUGAUUUGUUUUUUUUCCUCAGGAAGGCAUGCAACACAUGGUAUCUGAAUGGGGGGGUGGGGGCAGGCUUUACUAAAAGUUUGUUUCCCCAUCUUUGUAUUAGUAUGUAUAUAGUGAGCAAACAUAAAACGCUCUGAAAUAAAUAAAGCCAUAUGGAAUUCAA